GGCCAUGGCCAGCGUCCAGCAAGGGGAGAAGCAGCUCUUCGAGAAGUUCUGGAGGGGCACCUUCAAAGCCGUGGCCUCGCCCCGGCCGGGCAGCAGCAUCGUGACCAGCAUCACCUCCCGCAAGCCGCUGCCCAGCUGUGAGGCACCAAGCAGUCUGUCGCUUCCAGAGGACAAACGCCCAGCUCAAGAGACCAACAGAACCAAUGGUUGCGUGAGGCUGAAAGACAGCCGGGAAUCAGCCAGGUACAAAUCGCAAAGCCCAUCCUGUGAUGAGGAGUUUAUACCACCUCCCGCCAGGGGGAAGAAAAAGAAGAAGAAAUCGACAAGGAAGAAGAGGAGGAGAUCUCCAUCCUGUAGCCCCUCCCCUGUGAAGAAGAAGAAGAAAAAGAAGAACUCAAAGAAAAGAAAAAGAAACAGGUUAUCGUCAAAGAAGAGAAGACACAGUUCCUCAAGCCCCAAAAGCAAAAGGAAGGAAGAAAGAAAACACAAGAAACACACUCGUAGCCGGCCACGAAAAUCCCAACGCCACCACCAUCACCAUUACCGCUCUGGCUCAGAGAGCACUAAUUCCCUCUCAGAAAGCUGUGGAAGCAGAGCCAGGUUGCAGGAGGAAAGCCGCAAGGCUAAAUGGAAGCGGUCUCAGCAUUCUUCCAAAAGCACUAGGAAGUCAAAUGGCGCCACAGAGGUGACAGACCCCCCUCUCCUCAGCCACGCCGUCCAGAACAACAGCUUUCUCUCUGCCACAGAACUUAUUUCAGAGUCUGGGUCUUCUGCUGCCCUCUUUAAAAAAGCAGAAGGUCAGCUUGUCAAGCUAGCCAGACAGAAGUUGAACGGAGGACGGUAUGAAUAUGACUCAGGAAAUGAUACUUCUUCCCCUCCGUCUACUCAGACAAGCUCAUCCAGGUCAAAAGGCAGCCAGGAAGCAAGCUGUCAAGUCCAUGAUGGCUUUGGCCAGGCCUUCUCUUCUGAGAAGGUCAGCAGUGGCAGCAGCUCUGAUUCAGGAAACUCCUUCACCAGCUGCUCCUCCCGUACUAAGGGAGCAACUUUGGAAGAUGCACACCCAUCUCCAUGUGCUCAAGCCAAGGAUCAAAGAAGACGGCCUCUGCAAUCUGUUAGACACUCAGAGAAGAAGAAACACAGCCCGGCCUCCAUCCCUUUUUCCAACUCGCCACUUAGGCCAUCCGUCCAGAACAAGUCCUCCACCAGCAGAUCAUCACCAGAAUCCAGCCAUUCCCAUUUGGUGCAUCACAGGGCAGGGCCCAGGUCCUCCCAAAGCCGAUCCUGCUCCUCAGGGACAAGAUCCUAUUCACGUUCCCCCAGCUAUUCAUCCAAGUCAUGCAAGAGAAGUUCUGGAAGCCGGAGCUCAAGAACGCGCCGAAGCCCCAGCUAUUCUCGAUACAGCCCUAGCAGGGAUCGUGAACGAGAUCACAGGUAUGGUUCCAGCGGGAAGGAGUCUGACCACCACCGUGACCGCCGACGUCGCAAACAGUCUUAUUCUCCCAUGAGGAAACGCAGAAGAGAUUCUCCUAGCCACCUGGAAGCACGGCGCAUAACAAGUGCCCGGAAGCGCCCCAUCCCUUACUACAGACCUAGCCCCUCCUCAUCAUCAUCCCCCAGCAGCACAAGCAGCUAUUCCUCUUGGUACAGCAACUUCAGCCUCUCUCCCAGCCGCAGCCGCAGCGUCUCUAGCGACAGGACCGGCCGCAGCAGGAGCUGGAGCAGCAGUAGCUGCAAUGGCAGCCGUAGCCGUAGCUCAGGGGCCAGGAACAGCCGGCGAAGCUGCAGCAGGAGUUCCGAAUCGGCAGGCAGUUGCGACAGCAUGCGGCGUUAG